UCGUUUCGAUUACUUUAAACGCAAAGCAAACUCAUACUAAGGUUACUGCUACGUUUGGUAAUUCCCUACAAAAGAGGUUUCACCUCAUUUUAGAGUAGAUGUCUGAUUUAUUCAAUGUCAAAUUGACAACAGUCAAUGUCAUAAGUAGACAUGUGGGUCAGUUAUUAUCAUAUCACAUUAUAAUUUAUUAAAUAACAAUCUGCUUGGAUAUACAAAUUAUAUACUUAUAGUUUUUAUUGAAACUCAGAGCCGUUUAUAGAGAAGAGUAAAACUGAAAAGUUUCAGAUGAAGAUUCUACUUCUGUUCGUGCUUAUCACUACAGCAGGAUCAGCAUCCAUCCUCGACUAUGAGGUGACUGACAAUGAUGAUCAGGAAGAUUACACUAUGACACCAGAUAGAGACUAUACACCUGAUUACUAUGAAGAGGAGAUGAUGGUUCGAAUAUCACCAACCACAACCGCGGUCAAUAUUGAUGAAUGGGCUGAAUUAUUCAGAAUGGCGGUCGAAGAAGCCAAGAUACAUCGCAAUCUUAGUCUGGGGACCAUCGGUGCUAAUGAUAUUCUAUUGUCCAAAACGCAUCACUUCAAAAGUGACGGCGAUACAAAUGUAGCUGAAGAUGUGUAUUUUUGCGGCCUUCCGACCACUGUAAUAACUGCGAUUCGUGGGGGAUCGGUUUCAGAGAACGCUCGCCCGGCCGUGUUGGCAGGAGGAGUCGGCCAUAACAAUGUCUGCAUCAGACUCCACUCAUCCAAAGGACGUGGGUACCAGUAUUGCAUCGAGAUCUACGGAAGAAAGUAACGUUAACCUUGAAGUCUUUUGUUAAAAUAUUUAUAUAAGGACAAGUAAUGUACGUAUUUUUGAUCAAUUUGCGUUCUAGAAAUAAAUAUGUUUAUAGUUUUG